GUAUAAUAAUAUAUAAUAUAUAUUAUAUAUAGUUCUUAACGACGGUUCGCCCACACACACACACACACACACGCGCGCGCACGCAAGUACACACGUACACGCACACGCCACUGCACGCCACACACACCAACAGCGAGCGGCGAGCGGCGACCGACGCCGCGGGCCAUUUGUUAUUGAGACGCGGCGCCGCGGACACGUCUACAAGACAGUCAUGGCCCAGCGGACGGUGCACGAGUUUUUGGCGGCGUACUCUUGUUGUUUCGCGAUGGCCGCCCUGCUGCUGCUGCAGCCGGCAGCCGGUAUGGCCGUCGUCGGGGUGGCCGGCGGUGGCCCACUCGGUACCGCCGCGGCAGACACCGUCCCCGGCGGCGUCGUUCCGGUACCGUCGUCCGCCGCCCGGAACAAGCGAUGGUCCACGACGUUCGGAGGAAACUCGGGCAACAAGAACGUGACAGUUAAUAAUGCAGUUCAGGAUUGUACUACAGACUCCGAUUGUUUGGAUACGCCAUUUACAUCUUGUGCGCUCGAUCCGAGUGACAAGAAAAGAAAAUGUCUGUGUGCAGAUGGAAAACAGCCAUCCAAUGGUGACUGCUUAAAAAAACCAAGAGGACCGCUUUUUGUUCCAGCAUUAAAAACAUCGUGUGAAACGGACGUGGAAUGUUUGCCGAAUGCUAUAUGCAAAAAUAACGCCACAUUAACGAAUCCAAGAUUGAAGAUAUGUGCAUGUAAAGAUGGAUUUACUGAGGAAAAGGAGUCUUGCAACUAUGCUGAUUUAUUAACUUUCAAUUACACGACCUUGUUGAUCGCAGUUUUCACUUCAUGGGUUUGGAAUUAUCAUCGUGCAUAAUCAUAAUAGAUUAAAAAAAAAAAAAAAAUGUUUUUUCUAUACUUGCACAUUAUUUAUUAUCUAUUAUAAAACUAUAAUAUUUUAUAUUAUACUUCACUAAAUUAAUGCACAAAUUAAAAAUAAUAUUUUUAGGUCCUGUUGUAAUAUUUACAUAUCGUUUGCCUAAUUUUAGUUAAAUUAAUAUGUUUUAAUUUAUAAUAUAAUUUAUACUAUUUUAAUAUUAUAUCAUUUUUUUAUUACACAUUAUUUAAGAUUGAUAUUACUUAAGUGAAACGAUAUUAUAUAUAUUGCAUUUUAAUUUAAUAUAAUAUAUUAAUAUAUUGUACUAAUAUGAAUACAUUUAUUAUUAAAAUAUUUUACCGAAUUCAAACUCGAAUUAAAAAUAAAACUUACUGUUUAUUCUAAUUUACAAGUUUGAUUUAAAUUGUUAUUUUACUGUAUGUAUAGGUACAAUAUAUAUUAUUAAUUAUAUAAGGUAGAUUUAAUAUAUCAGACAAUAUGUAUAACAUAUAUGAUAAAUUGAUGUAAUGAUAUAAAUCCAUAUUUAGAUAAAAAUGAUAAAGGAACAAAAUAUGAUACUUUGGAUUCUUAGCGGAGCAACGACGAUAAUGUAUCGAUUUUACUAUACGAUGUGUAUGCUGUUUAUUUAAUGGAGUAGCUAAAGAAAUUGAAUCGGUGACGAGUAUUCAGCUGACAAAAACAAGCAAAAGAUAAAAAAAAUCUGUUGCCCAACACAUUUAUUUAUAUACUUAUGAGUACUUAGUAAAAUGAACUCACAAUAAUCAAUCAAUCACUAUCAUAGUUAAUAAAUAUUGUUACACA